AUGACCAAGAAAUGGUCAGAAGAGUAUCGCAGUAAUCCGGAGUUUACUUUGCUAGUUUCUUUGUACUCUUGGCUCCUUGCGGAGCACCCCGAACAUGUCCACGAAAUGGAACAAGUGGUUAAGUUUUUGUCUUUUGCAGCCAUCGCUCUGUCACUCACUGAGACCGGGGGAAAACCACCUGGCGGGAGUUCAAUGAUAAACUCUAAUCUUACUUCCAAUCAGGCCAGCAACCCUUACCCCUCGCUAAAUGCUCCCACCACCUCAAGGGACCCCAACGUGGAGCUUGGCAAAGUGCGCGCCUUAUUCGACUUUGAGGCCGCAGAGGACAAUGAACUGACCUUCAAGGCUGGCGAGAUUAUACUCCUCCUGGACACCUCCGAUGUUAACUGGUGGCGGGGUCGAAAUCACCGUGGCGAGGGUCUCUUUCCUGCUCAAUUUGUCACACGAGACCUCGAAGACCCUAAAGCCCCUUCUGACCAACCACAGGGCCAGGAAGAGAAGGACAAGGCUGCGGGGGCCGAUGCAGCAGCUCAG